CUCUCCACUCAGAAUCCCUCAGCCCAAGAAGGGGGAGGAGCAUACGCAUCCUGGAAUAACACCUAUAGCUAACGAAGAAGAUGCCGGGCCACUGACUGGGGACCACUGGACAUCUGUCAACAACGAUAACUACCUCGGCGUUACUGUACACCUCAUCGAUGCCAGCUGGGAACUUCACUCCUUCGCUUUAGGUGUGAUGAAAACAGAGGAGCGUCACUUUGCAGAAGCGUGUGCCAGGCAGUUUCUCGACGGCGCUAAUCAGUGGGGGAUAACUGACAAAGUCAGCACUAUUGGAACAGACAGCGCUCCUAAUAUGGUGGCAGCAGGGAGGAUACUUCCAUUUGAGCAUUUGCCCUGUGUUGCGCAUGUUGUACAGAGAGCUAUUGUAAUGUCACUUCGGGAAGGUGGUUUUGAUGGUGCACUGGCCAAGUGCAGUAAAGUGGUCGGACAUUUCAAACACAGUCCGGCCAACUCAGACGAGCUGAAUGUCCAGCAAGCCUCCCUUGGACAAGCUCAGGAGCCACUCGUGCAAGAUGUUCCAACACGGUGGAAUUCCACCCUUGAGAUGAUCAGGCGCGUGAGGCGCAACAGCGACACUCUGCACACAAUGCUGUCUCAGCAGAGGCACAAUCUGGCCCUUCCAACAAAUGCUGAAUAUGAGAAGUUGGCAAACCUAGAGAAACUGCUGGAGCCAUGCAGGUACAUCACUGAGCUCCUAGGUGGGGAUAAGUAUGCAUCCUGCUCUGUGGUUCUACCUGCCCUGUGCCACCUCCAGCAUGCGAUGAAGAUCUCAGAUGAUGAACCUGCCUAUGUUGUGCGAUUCAAGGCUGCCUUCACCCAGGACCUCAACGAGCGGAAGGAGAAAAUAAACCUGGAAUGGCUUAAGAUACUUUUCAGGUGCAGACUCCAUAAAGCAUGUGAAAGAUGCACUCACUCAGGAACUUUAGGAAGCUAACUUGAGGAGCAGCAGAGCUGCAUCUGAGGCUUCAGAGCCAGCAGACGAGGCCCCUCGGUUGGAAACAGCAGCAGGAACGUCAGCAGCAGCAGGAUCACCACCACCACCACCACCACCAAGUAAGCGCAGCUUAAUGAAGGAAUUUGAUAGAUUCUGGAGGAGCGUGAGGAUCCAGGUGAAGCAAGCAACACAAGAACUGCUGCUCAAGUGCAUACUUUUUUUACUGAGAGAACAAUUGCUACCUCAGAAAACUCUUACUAUUGCUGGGGAGUCAACAGGGAUCAGUUUCCUAACCUUGCUGCCACUGCCAGAAAGUUCCUUUGUGCCCCUUGCACAAGUGUAGAAAGCAAGAGACUGUUCAGUACAGCCUCCAACAUUGUGGACGAAAAGAGGAACAGAUUGACACCAUAGAGAACAGAAAUGCUUAUUUUCAUGAAGAAAAACCGGCCAUUGCUCCUGAAGUGAGUACUGUAUUUUGAGCAGGUCAGGUGUGAGCACAAAAUGCUUACAUUUUAUCUAUGGUAGUUACCUGUUUUGAUUUUGAUUUUCUAAAUGUUUUGGAAGUGUUAGGCUACUUGUGUUUAUUUUGUUUUGUUAUUAUUAAAUUAAUUAAGCCACUUCUGUUUGUUGGGUUAAGCUGCUAUAUUUUAUAUUAGAUUAGAUUUUGAAUAUCUGUUUGCACAUCUGUUUAUUUUGUAUGUUUGAACAAGUUAAUUAAGCCACUUGUUAGCUGUUAUAUUUUAUAUUAGAUUAGAUUUUGAA